AUGCAAGGCCACGGAAGGUGCUUCAAACUCUUUCUUGCAUUUGCUCUGCUUUUGCUACAGUACGCCCAAGGAGGAGAGAUGGACCACAAUAAGAGGGAUACUAACGUGACCAGGAGGUGCAUAGAGAGGGAAAGGCAAGCACUCCUUGCAUUCAAACGUGGCCUGGUGGAUAAGUCUGAUUUCCUCUCUUCGUGGGGUUCAGAAGCACAAAAACAAGAUUGUUGCGGAUGGGUGGGAGUCUCUUGUAGCAACCAGACUGGCCAUGUUCUUCAACUUGAUCUUUCAGACGAAGUUCAAAGCGAAUUUGACAAAGUUCAAGGUAAGAUGAUUAGUCCUAAACUGAUUGAGUUGCACCAUUUACAACAUUUGGCCCUUCCUUGGAUUGAUUUCAAUGGGAGCCAAUUUCCAUAUUUCAUUGGUUCUCUAACCAAUUUAAGAUACCUUGAUCUGUCUUGGACUCAUUUUGGAGGUAAGUUUCCAAGUCAGGUCGGAAAUCUUACGAACUUGGUGUAUCUGGACUUAAGAUAUAAUAGCUUUACAAACGUAGAAAAUCUCGAUUGGCUUCCUCGUCUCUCGUCGUUAAGAUAUUUGGACUUGAGUGAAGCGAAUCUCAGCAAUGUUUUUGAUUGGCCGGAAGCCGUUAAUAAGCUUCCUGAACUAACAAACUUGACAUUAAAGGAAUGUGAUCUUCCUUCUCCAAUUCUUUCCACUCUUUCUUACAUAAACUCUUCUAAAUCUCUUGCUAGCGUUGACCUUUUUUACAACCGUUUGAAUAAUUCUUCAAUAUUCGUAUGGUUGUCCAACUAUAGUACCAGCCUUGUUCAUCUUGACCUCUAUGGGAACCUUCUAGCCGGUUCAAUUCCUGAUGUUUUUGGAAACAUGAGCUCUCUGGCACAUCUUUGUCUCUCUAAUAACCAACUUGAAGGGUCAUUACCUAAUCUUACAAACCUUUCGUCUUUGGAAGACUUGUUUCUUCGUAACAAUCAAUUAAGCGGAGUAAUUUCUGGAACUCAUUUCUCAAAACUCUCCAAACUACGGAAUUUGGAUUUAUCUUCCAACUUGCUAGUUUUAGACAUCCAUGCUGAUUGGAUUCCUCCUUUCCAACUGCACUCCAUAAAUUUGGAGUCUUGCAAGAUGGGUCCGCAUUUCCCAAAGUGGCUUCAAACUCAAAAAAAUAUAUCAUACCUUCGUAUUCCUAAUGCCGGAAUUUCCGACAUCCUUCCAAGUUGGUUUUGGAGUUUAUGUCUUACUGUGGGAUAUAUGGAUCUCGCACGCAACCAAAUUAGAGGUGCAUUUCCAAAUUUGACAUUGGAGUUUUCAUAUUCCCCAGAACAACAUCUGAGUUCGAACAAGUUGGAAGGUACAAUCCCCUCAAUUCUAUUAAAUGCCCCAUAUAUGGAUUUGAGUUCGAACAAGUUAGAAGGUCCAAUCCCCUCAGUUCUAUUAAAAGCCUCAUAUCUGGAUCUGAGUUCGAACAAGUUGGAAGGUCCAAUCCCCUCAGUUCUAUCAAAUGCCUCACAUCUGGAUCUGAGUUUGAACAAGUUGGAAGGUCUAAUCCCCUCAUUUCUAUUAAAUGCUCGACAUCUGGAUCUGAGUUCGAACAAGUUGGAAGGUCCAAUCCCCUCAGCUCUAUCAAAAGCCUUAUAUCUGGAUUUGAGUUCGAACAAGUUGGAAGGUCCAAUCCCCUCAGUUCUAUCAAAAGCCUCACAUCUGGAUCUCUCUAAUAAUAAACUUUCAGGGUCAAUUUCCUUCUUGUGUUCAAGUGCAGCUAUUGGUUUAUUCUUUCUUAACCUCUCAAGCAACAAUGUUUCUGGACAAGUUCCAAAUUGCUUGACACAUUUGGAGAAUCUAGUCAUGCUUGAUUUGAGUUACAAUGUUUUGUCCGGGAAAAUUCCUACAACAAUAGGCUCUGUAUUUCGUAUUGAAACACUCAAAUUAAGAAGCAAUAGAUUUGUGGGACAAUUGCCUUCGUCAUUGAAGAAUUGCACAAGUUUAGUCGUCAUUGAUGUUGGCCUUAAUAAAUUAUCCGGACAAAUACCUGAAUGGUUAGGGGUUAGCUUAAAGUAUUUGGUUAUCCUGAUGCUUUCGUCUAAUCACUUCAAUGGAAGCCUGCCCUCACAAUUAUGCCAUCUAACACACAUUCAAAUUUUAGAUUUCUCUAUGAACAUCAUCUCUGGAAGCAUACCCAAAUGCCUCACCAAUUUAACUACUCUGGCUCAGAAAGGAAAUCCAAGUCUGAACAUCUCACAUUCUUAUGUAAUUUCUCAUCGUCGUUGGGGAAAAUUGUAUAACGAUGAUGCAACCUUCAUGUGGAAAGGAGGAAUGCAGACAUACAAAAGUACUUUGGGGCUUGUGAAGAGAAUUGAUCUGUCAAGCAAUAAAUUAACAGGGGAGAUUCCAAGUGAAAUCACUCAGCUUGUUGGAAUUCCAACAAGCCUUGCUCGGAUAGAUCGUCUUGGUUUCUUGGACUUGUCAUAUAACAACUUGUCUGGCAAAAUUCCAGUCGGGACUCAGCUCCAAGGCUUUGAUCCCUCUUUUUAUGUUGGGAAUCUUCAACUAUGUGGACCUCCACUUAAAAAGAUGUGUGCUGAUGAUGUGAAAAAAGGUCCAAGUGAGCACAUUGACUUCAUCAACCAAGAGGACAAUGAUGAGCUAAUAACACUGGGAUUUUACAUUAGUAUGGGGCUUGGAUUUGCUGCUGGAUUUUGGGGAGUUUGCGGCACCUUGAUAUUUUCAAGGUCAUGGAGAUACACAUACUUGAAGUUCUUGAAUGGUUUAAAUGAUUGGCUUUUUGUGAGGAUAGCUUUGUUGAAGCGGCAAUUGAAGGAUGCUUAA